UUACCACAUCUCUGAGUAAAGACAACAGUCCUUGCCAAAUAGCUUCAUUCUUGUUAAGCUGUGUGCAACAAGAUAGGAGAGAUGAAGCUGCAACUUUUGAUCGUCAGUGUUUUGGUUGUAAUCAGUCAAGAAGAGGAAAAACAGCUGCUAUCAACAGAGGAACCUGGCCUUGAAUAUUUCUUCAAUUCCCUUAACAAUUCUACAUACGAGUAUGAGUAUGAACCAUCUGCUCCUUGCAGUACAACUGCGCCUGGAUUUAACAGCUUGGGCCUGAUGAUCGCCUACAUCGUCGUGUUCAUCCUCGGCGUGGUGGGCAACAGUGUAGUUGUCUAUGUGGUUUGUCAAAUGAAGAAAGGCAGAUCCAGCACAGAUAUCUACUUGAUGCACCUGGCGGUGGCGGACCUUCUCUUCUGUCUUACCCUCCCGUUCUGGGCCGUCAACGCUCAUUCUGGUUGGAUCUUCGGCAACUUCCCGUGCAAACUCCUUUCAGGCUUCCAGGAGGCGUCGGUAUACAGUGGUGUCUUCCUGCUGGCAUGCAUCAGUGUAGACCGUCACUUUGCCAUUGUGAGAGCUACACGUGUCUUGCCCUCCCAUCACUGGGUGGUGAAAUGGGUGUGCAGUGUGGCGUGGCUGGUGGCGGGAUUACUAUCCUUACCCGUGGCAAUCCAGAGGGAGAGCUUGCAUUAUAAAGAACUGGGCCAGACCAUUUGCUACGAAAACAUAACUGGCGAAAGCAGCGACCACUGGCGUGUGGGCAUGCUUGUUCUGCGCCAUACGAUGGGCUUUUUCCUGCCACUGGUGGUGAUGGCGGUCUGCUACGGCUGGAUUGUGGUGACGCUGUUUCACACACGUAAUCAACAAAAGCAUAAGGCCAUACGCGUCAUCCUGGCGGUGGUGUUUGCAUUCGUUCUGUGCUGGCUGCCUUAUAACAUCACCGUACUGAUCGACACACUCAUACGAGGCAGCUCACUUGCAGUGGAGACAUGUGAAACUGUCUACACGGUGGAAGUGGUGCUAAAGGUGACCCAAGUGUUGGCCUUCAUGCAUUGUGCAGUGAAUCCAGUGCUGUACGCCUUCAUUGGGGAGAAGUUCCGUAACCAGCUGCUCUCAGCUCUUCACAAACACAGGCUCAUCAGCAAGAGGCUCCAGAUGGCUUGCAGGAAGGGAUCUGUCAACAGUGCAGGGAGCACCAGAUCUAGAAACACCUCUGCUACCAUGUAAAUAACAGGGUUAGCCUGGCUCUGUCCAAAGGUAACAAACUCCACCUACCAACACCUCUAAAGGUCACUAAUUAGCAAGUUAUAUCUCCUGUGUUUAAUCCGUACAAAAACCUAAGUUUAAAAAUGGCAAAUUGCUGUUUUACAGAUGUUUAUGUACCAAAGUAUUUUUUGGCCUGGGAGCAGUAACAUUUGACUUUAGAGGUGCUGGUAGGUAGAUUUUGUUCCCAUUAAGGCCCAGACACACCAACCCGACAUGAAAGAACAAGCGGCGAUAAAGGCCACCAGUUGCGUCACCUUUUGUCUCGGCUAAAAAGUUGCACUCGAACACACCGCAAAGACUGCAGCCGACGGCCAACUACCACGUACGUUCUGCUCCUGCGUGACAUGAAAUAAC